AUGGAUUCGGCCCCCGCGAAGCGACGGAAACUCGACCAUGCUCCGGACGGCGCCGAGCUGGCCCUAGAGUCGGCCGCGUCGACAGGCGUGUCUCGGUCGAGGGCCUUUGUCCUCGAAGCCGAGGAGCUGCUCGACUCCGUGCGCCUGGACUACGCAACGGCUCUAGAAGGUGCCGAUGGCCUUUUGCAUCGUACCAAGAAUGCAAUUGAGGCGAUAAAACCCCAUGAUGCGCUGCCGAUCGUCCAAGCCGCGUCCAAACUCGAAAAGAGGCAUAAAAUCAAGGUGCCCUUCCCGAACCCGCCGCCGCCAGAGAACUCCAACUACAAGGUCGCCUUCGCCAAGCCGUCCCAGUUUAAUGUCGUCGGCAGCUAUGUCUCCAAGACCAUGGUCAAGACCCAAAAGGGCCAUGGUGUGGACAUGGUCAUCGUCUUGCCCGAGGAGAUUUUACAAGAGAAGGACUACCUCGACCUGCGCUAUUUCUACAAGCGGGCCUAUUACCUGGCCACCGUAACCGCCGCUGUCCGCAAGGAACUUGGCGGUGAUGCCCAGCUGUCCUACGAGCACCUCAAUGGCAACCCUCUUUGCCCAAUCCUGGCGAUCCAGCCGACCAGCACUGAAGCGGAGGGGACGACAAAGACGGACAAGAAAGGGGUUUUGGACUUCAGGAUACGAAUUCUCCCGAGCGCGCCCGAUGGCUUUUUCCCCAAGUCCAAGCUCCAUUUGGGAGCUAGCCUAGUACGCAAGGGGGCAGACGAUGACUCAACAGCCACCGGGGAACCUACCACGUUCUACAACUCCACGCUGGUCGCUGAGGGUGCAUUUUUCCCGUACCUCAAGUUCCUGCGUCAAGCGGAGAAGAAGUGCGGCGGUUUCAGAAAUGCUUGUAUCUUGGGUCGCCUUUGGUUGCAACAGCGGGGUUUUGGAGGAGAUAUAUCGCAAGGCGGGUUUGGCCACUUCGAGUGGGCUGUUCUCCUCGCGCUCCUCCUCCAGGGCGGUGGAAGCAAAGGGGGUGCCGCCCUCUCUUCUUCGCUCAGCAGUACCCAGCUUUUCAAGGCUCUCAUCCAAUUUCUUUCGGUGACAAAUUUCGCAGAAAAGUCGUGCGUAUUAGGUGCUGGGAAUCCAGAUCUGGAGAGCUACGUUGAGUCGACUCCCAUUCUGUACGACUCGGCAAGGCAGUUGAAUAUCGCCUUCAAAAUGGGGCCUUGGUCGGCAGCUCUACUGCACCAACACGCCAAAUGGACACGCAGUUUGUUAGCGAAUCCCACCGCUGAUCAGUUCAGCCCGACUUUCAUUUUCAAGGCCGACGUCCCCUCGCUUAGUUUUGACCUUAUUGCCAAGCUCGAUAUCGAUUCCGUGUCCACGACGACAGGGGCGGACUACCGUGGGUUCACAUGGCAAGUCGGUCAGAAGGUGUAUCGGACGCUACGGAGAGCGCUGGUUGAUGAGGAGAUGGGGCAGAGGGCUCGCUUGAUUCACAUCCAGCCGCCGUCUUCUGGGACAUGGAGUCUUACGGAGGAGUCAGAUGCAGGGACUAGAGCACCUAUCGAAAUUGGUAUUCUCUUUGACCCAACUAACAUGGCACGAACUGUUGACCGCGGCCCAUCUGCUGGGCCGAGUGCAGAGGAAAAGGCCGAAUGCGAGGAGUUCCGGAGGUUUUGGGGGGACAAGUCAGAACUUCGACGUUUCGAGCGCGACACCAUCCGAGAGACGCUGAUCUGGGCCUCGACGACACCCUUCGGUCUCUGCGAGGAGAUCAUGCGGUACAUCAUCGGUCGUCAUCUCCGCAUCGGUCAACUCGAUGACGAAUUAACCGUCUAUGGCGACGCACUUCCUUCCAUCUUGGCCCUAAAACCCGCCGAUACUACGCUGUUCAAUGCUGCAAAGAACGCUUUUGGCACCUUCGAGCGCGACAUCAGGGGCCUGGAGGAGCUACCACUCCGUGUAAGACAGAUAGCGCCCAUCUGCCCCGAGCUCCGCCACGCGUCCAUCAAACCCCCAACCUUUGGGUCGUCUAAGUCGGGCCCACAGCCACUCGAGUGCGUGAUAUCAUUUGAGGCAUCUGGCAAGUGGCCCGAAAGCCUCGCCGCCAUUCAGCGAACCAAGAUCGCUUUCCUCCAAAUGAUCGGCAGCCUGCUGAAAACCAACAAGCCGGACGAGAUCAAGACGCAUAUUGGGCUCGAGGACGCCCAGCACGAAACUGAAAACCUGGCCUUCCUCGAUGUGAUAUACGAGACUGGUCCUGCGUUUCGGCUGCGAGUCCAUAGUGAUCUGGAAGAGAUAUUACUAGAACGUCAAGUCAAGGACAAGGCCGCAGAGCAGUACCUCCGACAGCGCGCUACCACUCUCCUGGCCACCUUCCGGCGGUUGUAUUCCAACCUGCCACUGCACAACCAGUACAUCACCACCUGCACCACCCGGUUCCCGGCGCUGUCCCCGACGACCCGCCUAAUCAAGCACUGGUUCAACGCCCAUAAACUCUCAUACCACUUCACCCAAGAAUUCAUGGAGCUAGCCACCCUACACGUCUUCCUCUCGCCUCACCCCUGGGACGCCCCAACAAGCCCCAGCACCGGCUUCAUCCGGACCCUCCUCUUCCUUUCCCACUGGGACUGGCGCUCAGAGCCUCUCGUUCUCGACACCAGCGGCGAGAUGCCCAACUCCGAACGGACCGCCAUCGCAACCCGGCUCGAAGCAUGGCGCAAAAUCGACCCCAACAUGAACCACACGGUCCUCUUCGUCGCCACCGCCCAGGAACCCAGCGGAACCGCCUGGACCACCCUCAACGGCCAAGCGAAGCCUUCGAAGGUCGUCGCGGCGCGCAUGUCCUCCCUCGCCAAGAGCGCAUCCCGCUUGAUCCGCGACGCGGGGCUUGAACUCGACUACCGCCGGCUCUUCGUCCCCUCGCUCAAAGAUUACGACGCCCUCAUCCACCUCAACCCCAAAGCUCUCAAGUCCAUGCUCAAAACCUACUCCACCAUCCACCCCGAAGACGACGAUAACGAAGAAAACGACCCCAACCGCCGGGCUACCAAGUUCAAAAACCUCGACGUGCACACCGGCCUGGACCCACUGCCCCUCGCCCAGCACCCAGCCGACCUGUUCCUGGAACACCUCAGCACAGCUUACAGCGGGCCGCUGGUGUUUUUCCGCGGGGGUGCGGACGACACGACGAUUGGGGCGAUUUGGAACCCGCAGGUGCAGAGGCGGGCGUUUAGGAUUAAUUUGCUGGGGUCGUAUAAACCGGCUGCGGGGAAGCAGAGGAAUCGUGUCAAGGGGGGUGAGGAUGAGGAUGGUGACGACCAGGAAGGGGAGUCGGAGUUGGUGGAUAUUAAUAAGGAGGGGAUUUUGGCGGAGAUUGCGAGGAUAGGGGCGGAUUUGGUGGAGAAGAUCGAGGUUAAGGGUGCAUGA